CAUUGAUUCAGCUCGGCUAAUCGCAGCUUUGAAGCUCGAAGGCCGGAUGUUGACUCUGCUACGACAGUGCCAGCGGUGUGUGAACAUGAGUGUCACACACUGUCAAAGGCUCGGGAGAGCUUCGAAAAUUCAUAACCGAAAUCAUGUUCGCAUUCUUCCCAGCUGAUGUCCAGCGGGUUUUAUUGGCACUAUCUAGUCUCAGCGCUCAAGCGCUCAGCUUUGGCAAGGCUAGAAGGCUCGGAUUAGGAACUCGGCACGUUAGCAAUUUCUGCUAUCUGGGUUCGAGACUUGUUUGGAGUGACUGUGUGGAUGUUCAAGUUAUGGUCCAUCAAUACAAAAUGCAAUUAUCCUCGUUACUGAAUAUUGAAUCGCAACACAAAAUGAAACAAAUCAAUCUGAUGACACGUUAUUUGCUCAAGGAUGGUGUCUCUCAGGCCCGGGAGAAAUGCCGUCUGAGACAAGUGACUACGAACAUUCAAAAGAUGAACCAUGCUUAUACUACACUCGCGCACAUGGCAAUAGAUCUUUCGGGAUGGGCUAUAUACGAUUCCACAAACUCGUCGAUGUGCAUCCAAGUGAAUCUGUUCAUCGCAGAGGGAGAAAUGUCCAUCACGAUACCCGCUAUGCUAUGUAACAUUGGCGAAUUUGGGGGUGUAAAAUGUCCUGGUUUAAAUCCGGUUUCCGAGGGAAUGAAUAGUAAUACGCGAAGGCAAGUGUCGAGUCGCAACUUGAUGGGCUAGAAACUUGAAGGUGACGCGGACGACUCACUAUUGGGGAUAUACGUGUCGAGCUGACGUGGGACACUCA